AUGGUUGAAAAGGAUAUUGUUGAAAAGCACCAUCAACAAAUUGUGAUUGGACAAACGUUUGCCGAAGUGGGCGGUACGGGAGUGAUUGAAGGAUGGUGCACCAAUAGACUAAUCUUGUUCGGACUGAUGGCACUGAACGAGUUGCUUCUGCUUUUUCUUCCUAUUGGGACGUACGCUUAUAUUUCCGAGUCAUGGGCAAUGCUCACGUCUGAUCGACCCUCCUCACCAAAAUGUGUGGACAUACCCAGAAACUUGACGCUUUGUUACGGUAUACAAUAUUCAACAAUGCGUUUGCCAAAUUUAUUGGAGCAUGAAACAGUGGAUGAAGUAAUAGAGCAAGCAGCCCCAUGGAUACCCUUACAUCGGCUAAACUGUCAUCCGGAUACACAGCUAUUUCUAUGUUCACUGUUUGCACCAGUUUGUCUGGCAACAAUGGACCGAGAAAUAUUGCCAUGUCAGUCCUUAUGUACUGCUGUCCAACAGGGGUGUGAAAGCAGAAUGAGGCAGUAUGGUUUCCCAUGGCCAGAAAUGUUAUCAUGCAAUAAAUAUCCAAAGGAUAACGAUAUGUGCAUCGGUGCUGUCUCGGAGAAGGCAACAAACCUUAGUGAUACGUGUUCAUCGUGCAGUCAGGUCAGCACAUAUGAGAAUAUACUCGAUCAUUAUUGUCGAUCUCAAAUUGUAGUGAAGGCACGAAUCGGAGGCAUCAAUAAAUCAUAUGUGAGUGUGCGGAAGGCACGAUCGCUCAAGAGAUCUGAUCGGCGCAGAUCGGUAGGUCGAGAUACGGUCAUUCAUUUUUCUGCCAAUCGCGGGUGCCCUUGUCAUUUCAGUGAAACAGGGAAUCUACGUUUUCUCAUCAUGGCUGAUCAGAAUGAUAGAGGCGAUUUUAUUGCAAAUCUGAUACUGCCCUGGAGAAAUACCGAUAAGCCUUUCAAGAGAGCCAUUCGAAGCUUCCGUAAAUUGAAUUGCCAAUUCCUAGGAAGAGAAAUAAGAGAAAGUGCCUAUCGCAGAAGCCUUCACCGUAAAGGCCGUUGA